UCCAUUUCCGAAUGCAAAAACGAAGCCAUCUUGGAUUUUCGAUGGAGACGAACAUUGCCGAUUGAACAAAGCAUAUGAAACUUUUCAAGAUAGAUAAAAGUCGUUAUAAAGUCAAUUUUACAACCGAGUAUCCUAUCAAAGCGUAGAACAAUCACCUUUACACAUACUCAUAAAAUUUUGGCUCUUGUAAAAAGGAAAAAAUGGAGGCGACAGAAGUUUCCGUACCUGUAAACAUUGAGGAAUCCGAGAGCAUUUCCGAAGACUUGCCGAGUGGACAGAAUGCCUUUACAACAACAGUUGUGAGCGAACAUGAUGAGCGAGUUGGUGCGGCAGAAGAGGUUUUCGCUGGGACUCCUACUGCUAUAUUAUCUACGGACUCGGAUGCUAGUAGUACUGCACAGUUAAUUGCAGUUGUUACUGAUGGUUCAUUUGAUGCAUCUGAUUUGAAAACUCCUGCAACACCAUGUACGCCUGCAUCGCCAGGCCUAGAAAAACGAACAAAAUACAACUGGGAUGACGCUUACCAUCUGGCUGUUUUACCUGUCCGUUGUCGGAACCAGAGUGCCGAGCUGCACAAGGCUAAGCUAGGGUCUGGUUCAAAGGGGAAAUGUAUCAAAGUGAAAGAUGCAUGGUACACACCUUCAGAGUUUGAACAAUUGUGUGGACGAGGAAAUAGUAAGGACUGGAAGAGAAGUAUUCGUUAUGGUGGACGAACAAUUCAAUGUCUAAUUGAGGAUAGCGUGCUACACCCACAUGCAGCAUCCUGCACUUGUGCCACUUGCUGUGACGAUGAAGCAAUGACUGGUCCAGUUCGAUAUUUUGUGCCUUACAAAAGAAAGAAAAGAGAUGAACUUGAGACCCCAUCUACACCUACAGCAACCAAGAAACCAAGACCAAAAUUGAAAGAUGCUGCAGAAAGCAUGCGUUCAUUUAGUUUAGAAAGCAACAAUGGUUUAGACACCCCACUACUGACACCUGUUGUUCAUGUGUACCCACCAUCACCACCAAAGACCCUUGUUGUACUACAGCCAGAUCAACACUGGAUACAUCUUGAAGAGAUGGCUAAUAGUCUUUUCCAUCAAGCACAACAACUGAAGAACAUGGUAGGACAAAUGAAGACAGAAUGUAUGGCAAGCAAGGAAUCAAGUCUUGCACAUGCUAAAUUACAAUUUGAAGCAGAAAAGAAAGAGGCAAUAUUACAAGUAAAAAUUGAUAGUCAGAUGCAACUAUCAAGGGCGCUGAUGGAAGCAAGGGCAGAGAAAGACAAUGCAGUCUCACAGGCGUUGGCACAGGCUAGGGCUGACAAGAUUGUAGCAGUUGCUGAAGCCAAGUCUGCUCAGCUCAUUAAGACAUGCGUAAACUGUGGUCGAGAAGCCAUGAGUGAAUGUACCGGUUGUCACCAAGUCAGCUACUGCAGUAGCUUUUGUCAGCGCAAGGAUUGGGCAUCGCAUCAACAGACAUGUGGACGUCGGAGCCCGUUGCAUUCACCACUUCCUCUUACAGAGCCCCCACUUGGAAGCUGCUAUGUGGAAGUGGAGGAGAAGGAAGACUGAAUGGCUGGCCAGUCUCGAUGCUUGUUUUUAGCAGCUCCUUUGAUAUUUGAAAGCAUCCUUAAAUCAGCUCCCUUCUUUACUUUGAUACAAUGUGCUUGGCACUAAAACUACACUACCUCCCUAUCAUAAUUAAGGCUGUCAGUAUGAUUGACUCUUGCCAGUCACAUACUGAAUCCGUCGUGCAUAUUUAUAACUUUUCUUACCACAUGAGGGUACUAUUGCAUUCUCAUGGAACUGUACUCACCUGGUGUUAUUGUACUCACCUGGUGUGUGUAUUCAUUGUAUUGGGUGUUUUCUAUCAGAUGUAUAAUGUUUAAAAAGAUAAUAUCAUAAUAUAAUCAUUUGGGGGAAAAAUGUUGGGGUUUUUUUUUCCAGAAAUAACUGUACAGAUAUACUAUAGUCAGUACAUAAACACCAAUAGUUUUUACUAGUUUCAAAAACUAGCUUUUAUUAUGAUACAGUAAUGAUUAAAAUUGAAACAAGAGCAA